AUGAAAGUUCUUGAAAAAUAUAAACUAUUUAAAUCUGCAAUUGGAUCAAAUAUUAUUAAUAUAUAUAAUUCAAUUAAAAAUUCAUUAUAUGAUUUCAUCAAAAAAUCAUUUGAUGGAGAUGGAUUAUUUUAUUUAGCUGAUUCGAAUGAAGAGCUUAAUACUAAUAUUAUUAUGGUGUCAAACAUUAUUAUUACACUUCAAAAAAGAAUUAUUAUUAGAGAAGGUAAAUCAGCUGCAUUUGAUGUUGAUAAAUUUUAUGGUAAUCCAGGAAAAAAAGUUCAAAAAACAUAUACAGUUGGAUUAAAAGAUUCAAUUGAUGAUUUUAGUGCACUUGGAAAGACAAGAAGAGAUAAAAAAACUAAUUCAUCAAUAGUUAAAUCACCAAAUGCAUUCAAUCUUCAUUCAUUUAUUUUAUUAAAUAUAUCAUUAAAUGAUUUAAAAAAUUAUAGAUUCUUUGAAGGUAAAAAUAAUGCUGUAGCAAUUGCUCAUAUGAUUAAUGCAAAAGUUAUUCCUAAUUGUAUUGGAAAUAUUUGGGUAUAUGUUAGAGAUUGGCCAGAAGAGAAAGGAAGAUCUGGUAAAUUUAAUAUUGGAAAACAAAAUAUUACAUGGACUGGUGGAAAAUAUCAUCCAGAUCCUUUAAAAGAUGAUAUAACAAAAUAUUUAAUAAUUAAUAUUUAA